AUGUCGGCAGAAGCCACCCCCAAGAAAAGAGGCCGCCCGCCCAAGAAGGCCGCCGCCAGUGCCACCGCAGCAGACAAUGUCAUUGUGAUCGAAGCGCCCGUGCCGAAACCCCGGGCAAAGGCCGCCUCGGCCAAGAAGUCGUCGUCGUCGGUGUCGUCGGCGACACGAAAGGCUGCCGACCUUACAAAGGACAAUGUUGUUGUUGACGCAGUGCCGGCUGUCCAGGCCACGUCGUCCACCAAGGCGAGAACGGCGAAGGGCUCCUCCACAUCCUCGUCCUCGUCCACAUCUCCAGCAGCAGAGACCAUUGAGCCGUCAGCGACGAAACAGCCAGUGGUGAACUUGAAAUCCAAGAGUCGCAAAGCCUCUACCACUGGCAAUGUGGAAGAGCCUGCUAUUGCAUCGACUCUCAAAAAGUCAAAGUCAGUUCACGCAACGCUGGCGACGGCAGCAGCAGCAGAGUCCCCGGCGGUUGGUCGGCCAGAUCUGAGACCCUCUAUGUCGCUGUCCAAGAUCUUGCAGCAGGCCAAGGCAUUCGCGAAAACCUCGACUGAAGUGCACGACGCUGCCUCGCAGCUCGUACAAGAUCGGGAAGCUGUGCACGUCUCUCGCCGGCAAGAACUUCAGCAGCAGAAAGUGGCCGAAGAGAGCGUUUCGCGGCGACCUCCUGUCGAAGGUAUAAUUGCUACAACAACAGCCCCGAACGAAUCCGAGAUCACAUCAGCAGCCUCAGAACCACUAGCAAAACCACAUCUAGCAACAGCGGCCCCAACGGCCACAGCCUCGCGUCUCGACGGACCAUUCAACAGCAAUCCUUUGCCAUCAGUUCAGAUGCCGCCGCAGCCUCCCCCUGUGGUGGCAGCCAUCUCCGGCUCCAGCUCCAGCUCCUCCGGCAAGCAUCGAUCUCCCGCUGUUGCCGUUGUCACCCCUAAAUACGUUCUUCCUAAUUCUACCGUCGCCGCCCUGGCUGCUCGCAAUGUCCACUCCCAAAGACCUUCAGGGUCGUCGUCGACACACGGGCCAACCCUCCCCCCAGCUUCGUCAAGGAGGUCCCAACAAGGAUUGGGAGUCGGAUCAGCUAACGAGCCACGCCGGCCACGCCCAACGGAAAUUCCGCUCGAGCAGCUCAAGAAAGACCCGCAGUUCCGUGCGCUCUCGAGACGCUGGACAAGUCUCAUGGUCGCGCUGCCGUUUGCGAUUGUAACCAGUUAUUUCCUGUGGCAGAGAUAUGAGGAACAUCAGGCCUAUCUCCAAUCCAAAGAGGCCAAGAAGAUUCUGGGCUCAGCAAAGUCGGAACCAGCGGCGCCAGAAACAGCUGCGUCGACUUCAACUUCCGCGUCGUCGGCGACGACACCAGGGUCACCGCGAGUAUAG